AUGUUAUUGGUGAAAGUUGAGUAUAAUAUCGAUACUUGCAGAGCACCGCCAGCGCCGCCAAGCCAUAUAGGUCUGCAAGUGUAUCCAAGAUUCGCCGAAUUCAUAACGUUAGGUGGUGCAACGAAACACACGCUCACAAAUACUGGUGCCACUCGUCUGGUGAUAAAAAUCAAAUGUACUAAUAAUCGUCUGUACAAAGUAUCACCAGUUUAUUCUUUUCUUGAUGCUGGUUCAUCACAUGAUCUUGAGAUCUUUCGAGAGGAGGGUUCCAGUGGAAACGAUAAACUUUUGGUAAUUUAUAAAGAGGCAAAGAUUGAUGACAACGAUCCACGCAUUGCAUUCACAGCUGAUACAACUUCUGGUCGAAUUGUGCUGCCUUUAAUUGUUGUAUCGUGA